AGUAAUGAUCCGAUGAUCCGAAUCUUGUUGCGGAGAAGAAACAUUACUCGGCAUUUUUUUCUUUCGCUGUUUGCAAUUAUUUUGUGAUUUGUUUUAAUUUGAUUUUGUAUCAGUUCAAAGUGUAUAGAAUUUUGGUUCAGAGUAAAAUAAAAUUUCCUCAAUAUGUCCAGGGGAAGCAGCGCUGGGUUUGAUCGACUCAUCACUAUUUUCUCUCCUGAAGGAAGAUUGUAUCAAGUUGAAUAUGCCUUUAAAGCUAUCAACAAAGUUGGACUAACAUCUGUAGCUGUCAAAGGAGUAGAUACAGCUGUAGUUGUCACACAAAAGAAAGUUCCUGACAAGUUGCUAGACCCAGACACUGUGUCUCAUUUAUAUCGCCUUACUGAUCGUAUAGGAUGUAUAAUGACUGGAAUGACUGCUGAUAGUAAAUCUCAAGUUCAGCGAGCUCGUUACGAAGCUGCCAACUUCAAAUACAAGAAUGGUUACGAAAUCCCAAUCGAUAUGCUUUGUGCUAGGAUAGCAGAUAUAUCCCAAGUAUACACUCAAAAUGCUGAGAUGAGGCCGUUAGGGUGCAGCAUGAUUUUGAUUGCUUAUGACGAUGAAAAGGGUCCAUUAAUUUACAAAACUGAUCCGGCUGGUUAUUUUUGUUCGUAUCGUGCUAUCGGUGUUGGUGCAAAGCAAACCGAUGUAAAUAGUAUCUUUGAAAAGAAGAUAAAACUGAAACAGGAUUAUACGGCCGAUGAAGCCAUUCAGUUGGCUAUCACUACUCUGUCUGGAGCAUUACGUUCAGAUUUUAAGCCCAGUGAGAUCGAAGUAGGCAUAGUUUCAAAGGAUGAUCCUUUAUUCAAAGUGAUGCCGGAAUCAGAAAUAGAUCGUCACUUAACAGCGAUCGCCGAACGUUUUUAGACAUUGGGUUCAUAUCGUGCGCGUAAUUUUGUUUUUAUGUAUCUACUUGAUUCCAAGUCUACAUUUCUUUAUUAACAGCGAUCGCCGAACGUUUUUAGACAUUGGAUUCAUAUCGUGCGCGUAAUUUUGUUUUCAUGUAUCUACUUGAUUCCAAGUCUACAUUUCUUUAUUUUGGUAUAUAAUUGAAUAAUAAAUUAAUGUUUACGUUUA